AUGCUCCGUUAUUCUAUUCUCCGAUUCACAGUAGCUUCAACAAGUGCCUCUACUUCUUCUUCUUCUUCUUCUAAUAGUAAUAAUAAUAAAUCCUCUUCUGGUUUCUCCUCUGCGGCUUUUACCGGCGAUGAUGGGGGAAUGUAUGCAGAGCGUGAGAAAAUCCGCAGUCAACACACCGACACUGCAGGGAAGAGUCGUCCAACAAUAGAAACAUAUCGCACCAUGAGGGAUGAGGAACUGGAAACUCUUCUUCAAACACGUGAACGACAAGUAAAUGAACUUCGAAGAGUUUAUGAGAGUUUUCACUAUGAGGCCGAUAAGUGUUUUCGCACAAUGGUGUUUGAUUAUCAUGAAAAGGCUUUACAGUUAUCACAGGUACAUGGAAAGAUGCAACUUGGUUCUCUUCAGAUAAGUCGUGAGGCACUUGUAAAGAUGCGUGAACAGCAGGAGAUGUACAGUAGAGAUCAUCGUCUGGCUCUCACGGUGUGUACGGUGUUUACAUUUCUCUUUUGGAUUUGGGUGCGGCGGCAUUAUGUACGCCGUGAGGAAUUAUUCGGUGAAGAGAUGCAGUUGCGAGUAGCCGCUAAUAGUCCUUCUGUUACGGGUAUUGGGAGUUAUGGAGAGAAUAUAUUUGGAUCCGCAAAGCGUAGUGCCCGAAAUGUGGAGACUUCAUGGGAACGGGAAGUGCGAGAAAGACGUGAACAGGAGGAGAAGGAAGAGAAGGAGAAGAAGAAGAAGUGA